AACAAAACACCUUUCCCCAGUUCCCUCUAUGUGACUAUUUAUGGAAUAUUGGAAGAGGUAGGGUACUUUACAAAAUUUGCAUCUUACUGUAGCUGUAACAAUUAAUUACUUAGGCCGAAUUUUGAUGAUUUCAAUGUGAACUUGAAUUUGAAAAUAAUAGCAGUAUAGCAGUGAGAUUGUCUUUUCGAAAUCGUAUUGGAAAUUUAAACAUUUCAAAAUGAGUCUGACCGGGUGUUACGCGGUUAUGAAGUAUUUGGUGUUUCUGAUGAAUUUGGUGUUUUGGGUUUCCGGACUGCUUACAAUAGUUCUGUCAGUAUGGAUGUUAAUUGAUCCAACGUUUUACAUCAGUAUGGCUCAAGAUGAAUCGAGCUAUUACUCAGGAAUCUGUCUUCUGUUUCUGGCCGGUACCUUAUUGUUCAUUGUAGGAUUCUUGGGAUGUUUCGGGGCCUACAAUGAGUCACAACGUUUACUGGUUCUGUUUUUCUGCGGACUGUUACUCAUCCUCGUGGCGCAAAUUGCUACUGCUGUCUGGGCGUAUUCCAACAGCGAUAAGUUAAGCGAUCUGCUACGGUACACUGUUCGUAGUACUGUACAGUACGAAUAUGGUAAACCAGAUUCACAGAGGACUGAUGCAUUUGAUGCUAUUCAGAGCGGAUUGAAAUGUUGUGGUGCUUAUGGCCCUGAAGACUGGUCUGGAAGCUCAUGGAAAGGAGAAGAAAAUGAAUUAAAAUUGACUAUGCGAUCGACCUUACAACCUUAUGAGAUCCCGAAAAGUUGUUGUGAUUUAGAGCACUAUACUGAAAUACAAUGUAAUGAUGCUGUCAAAGUGAACGUAACUGCUAAGAUUUCUCCUGUGAUUUACUCCGCGGGUUGUUCCGAUAAAUUACUUGAAACCCUCAGAGAGUAUAUGAACACUGUCAUCAUAAUUACGAUAGCAAUUGGUAUCGUAGAAUUCUUCGCGUUGAUCAUUUCCCUCAUCCUAUGCUGUGCCAUCAGAGCUGUAACGAAGUAUAAAUAAGCGGGAAUUGCAAAAUACAACAAAUCUACUGAAUAUAGACAAUUUAUGAGAUAAUCAGAAUUUCAAGCAUUCGCUUUUUUUGGAUACUAAUAUUUUUAUACUCCAGCUUUUAACCCGAUUCUUAUUUUGUAACUGAUUUUUUAGUUUUUUAUUUUUUUUUUGUUAAAAUUUGUUUUUAUGACAAUUUUUUGAUUUUUGUCGUUGUUAUGCGUAUUUUUAUCUUUUUUUUUUUUCUGAAGAGAUGCUGUUUUAACCAAAUCCAUUAAUUUAAAAAUACUGCCAAAGUACAAAACCAUAGCAUUUACUUAAAGUUGGUUUUACAUUAAGUUUAUUUAUGUUAUGAAAAUUAUUAUAAGGCGAGUGAAAACUGAACAUUUUUUUCAAAAGACUUUGCAUUUUCACGUAAACAUUACAUUUUUUACCCCACCAUUAGUCAAGUGUUUCAAGCGCUGAUCUUGACGCAUUUGUCUCCCUUUUUAUUUGAACGGUUUAUCAAAUAUUUUUAUUUUCGACGUAUGAUAUAAUUUUUAUUGAAUAAGUUAACCUUUGACCUGUAUGUUAGGAACGACGCAGUCAGUUUUUUUUAGAACUAGUCACUGUACUAAUAUAAGUGUAAUUUUAUUAAUUUUAUAUAGACUUUUAAUCUAUGUAUUUUCAUAAUGUAACAUUGCAGUUUACAUGACAAAAAUUGUAUUUUCAUGAUAUUUUAACUAAAGCUGCCAUAUUAUGUAGAUCUUGAGCUUACAUGAAGUACCGAUGUUAUGUGUGGAUCUGUUAUUUUUUAAAUCACUAAUUGAUAAUAAUUUAUGUACAUUUCAGUUUUUGUAUCGAUUAAAAAAUUAUAUAUCAUUUUUUUGUGAA